UUCUCUUCUCUGUAUUCCUCCUCUUCCUCCUCCUUCUUCUCUGGCGAUAAGGCGAGGCAGCUCUGGACGGUCUGUUGUUCUGCAAACAACCGAUCUGCAGCCAUUGUUAGAUGGAAAGGAGAAGAAGACAACGAGGGAGGGAUCUUUUCCCCAGGUCGGCUUCUGGUUUUCUUUCUCAAGGAUUAAGCAGUUGGUACGCCGCCGUCAUUGCGAAUCUCGAUCCGGUGAUCUUUGAUUCAAUUUGGAAGGGAAGGGAGCCGCUAUGUUUCUCUAGGUGUCUUCUUCCGUCUUGCUUCUCUUGCUGGCGAGCGUUGCUCUGCUCGUCUGGCUAACACCACAACCCCAUCAUGUUGCCUCUUUGCCACGUCAUACCUCUUGGACGAUACGGAAGCCUAUAAAUGGGGCUCGCGUCACCUCUGUUCCGAUCUUCUCGCUCCUCCUAAACCCCCUCUAUCCUUUCUUCGGUUCUUCAAAGGUAGGAGUCGUCGUUAACUAGGAAUCCCAUGGCGGAGACGGUCGCUGGGGAGGCCCGCACGUUCGCCUCCAUCGCCGUAUCUUCGUUGCCCCGGAGACGAAUCGUCGUGGGUUGUGGAAUGGCAUCAAUUGAUUUUGUGGCGACUGUGGAUGCUUUACCGAAGCCUGAUGAAAAGAUAAGGAGCAAAAGAUUGAAGGUUCUUGGCGGUGGAAAUGCAGGGAAUGCUUUAACAUGUGCAGCUCGUUUGGGUUUGACACCUAGGCUAAUCUCCAAGGUUGCUGAUGAUACUCAUGGUGGAUAUAUUCUUGCAGAGCUUGAAGCUGAUGGAGUUGAUAUUUCUAAUGUUGUGAUAUCUAAGGGUGGAACUUCAACAUUUUCAUAUGUGAUUGUUGAUAACCAGACGAAAACUCGUACAUGUAUAUACACACCGGUGUACCCUGCCAUGGUGCCUGAGGACUUGCCCAGAUCAAGUUUGUUAUCUGCCCUGGAUGAAGCAAAAGUGGUAUAUUUUGAUGGACGGUUGCAUAAGACUGCUUUGGUUGUUGCACAGCAGGCAGCUGAAAUGAAUAUACCUAUUUUGAUUGAUGCAGAAAGAAAUAAGUCAGGCUUGAGUGGUUUACUUGAUCUGGCAAGUUAUGUUAUUUGUUCAGAAAAAUUUCCGCAGGAAUGGACAUCAAUCCCAUCUAUUACAUAUGCAUUAGUAUCCAUUCUUCUACGAUUGCCCCAUGUCAGAUUUGUAAUUAUAACCCUUGGAGAAAAAGGCUGUAUAAUGCUCGAGAGGAGCAUAGAUGGUGAAGGUUCUGAGAUCGAUGAAACAGAUGCAGAGAACUUGCUUGAAUCACUAAAGAUGAGAGUCGAUAAAGAUAAUGUGCUCCCAUCAUGUGUAUCAUCUGAGUGCAUGAGGCUACAUGCCCCUGGAGUAGGCACCAUUAGUGGCAGAUUGCUUUUAGGCACAGCAGAGAUCAUACCUUCUUCGGAGCUCGUUGACACCACAGGUGCUGGAGAUGCAUUUAUUGGAGCAAUCCUUUAUGCACUGUGUGCAGAGAUGCCUCCAGAGAAAAUGUUGCCUUUUGCUGCUCAAGUGGCUGCUUUCUGCUGUAGAGCACUUGGUGCUCGGCCUGGUUUACCUCGGCUGAUGGAGCCACGCCUGGCUCCAUUCUUACAUUAGACUGGUACUCCUAUAAGAAGUUCCAUGCUGUGAAAUUUUAGCUUGGAACUCUUUAAUAGCCAGUUUCACAUUAAGACAAGCAAUGUGUAUAAAAAGGCUGAGAACAUGUUGCUAACGUUAGACCAUGUCUCUCCUGCUACGGGAGCCUUUUCGACUGCAAGUGCUUUGAUUUUUCUGCUGCUAUGCUGUCAUUGAUAGGGUUACCAUUUCUGAAACUGGACGUGAGCGUUCAUUUUACGACCUGAAA